AUGGGCUCGGACGGCUGCGUCGGCCCUUGGCGGCCUCACCGACCCCGCGGCCCCAUCGCGGCGCUCUACAGAGGCCCGGGGCCCAAGUACAAGCUGCCGCCGAACACCGGUUACAUCCUUCACGACCCGUCGCGGCCCCGAGCCCCCGCCUACACCUUCGGCGCGCGCCUCCCCACGCAACAGCAGUCGUGCAGCCCGGGGCCUGGCCACCUAGUGCCGGCCCGCAUGACAGUGCGCGGCCCCGACGGCUCCCCCUCCUACUCCAUCUACGGCCGCCCGCGCGACGCGGCGCCCUUCCGCACUCCUGGACCGGGCAGAUACUUCCCGGAAAGAGCCGGGAACCUGGCGUACCCCAGCGCGCCUCGGCACACCAUCGCUCCUCGAAACUGGGGCGUCCAACCUGAGCGGCAAACGCCAGGCCCCGGGACCUACACGGUGCCCUCGCUCUUGGGCUCCCGCGUCAUCGGCAAGGUCUCGGCUCCAACUUACUCCAUCUAUGGCCGCAGCGCAGUGGGCACCUUCUUCGAGGACCUCAGCAAGACGCCGGGACCCUGCGCCUACCACGUGGUGAACCCAGCCGUCUACAAGUCCCGGGCCCCGCAGUUCACGAUGCUGGCGCGGACUUCGCUCCCCGAAGACAACACCUUGAAGCCCGGGCCAGCGGCCUACAACGUGGACAAGCACCGGAAGCCCCGUGGCUGGAGCUUUGGGAUCCGACACUCCGACUACCUGGCCCCGAUGGUGACCGACUUGGAUGACUGA